AGCAAAUCCCUUUUCAAUUCCAAUGUAAAUUCUUUUGGUGAGAAUUUAGUUUCUAGUGUCACUACCGGUGGUUCAAGUUCUCAACAAGUGUGGAGAUGAAUCCAUCUCAAAGAUGGCAAGAGAAAGUGAAGAUGAAAUACAAGAAGUAUAAAAAUGAUAAUGGUGCUGCUAGUGAACACUCUGAAUUAGAUAAGUACUUGGCAGAAGCUACUAAAGAGGACAACCCAGAUCUAAACAUUUUAGCUUGGUGGAAGCUCAACUCACCUAGAUUUCUCGUUCUUGGUGUAAUGGCUAAGGAUGUAUUAGCUGUGCCAAUAUCAAUUGUGGCGUUGGAGUCUUGUUUUAGCACUAGUGGUCGUGUGCUUGAUGCUAUUAGAAGCUUUUUAACACCAAGAACAGUUUGGGCUUUAAUCUGUGCUCAAGUUUGGGUGAAGCCAAAUGGAAAUCUUGUAUUCGAUGAGGAGGAUUUAGACAACCUACUACAGACUGCAAAGUGCUGACUUUUUUUUUAGUUUAAGUGAGAUAAUGAAUUCUUUUUAGUUUAAGUCAAAUAAUGACUUCUUUUGGAAUAAUACUUUGCAAUAUUUAGAUAUUUGCAUGGAUAGUUUGGUUGGUGCUUGUGGUUAAUUGUUAAGUGGUUUUUUGAAUCUUUUGAUCAUUUAUCUUUUGAUAUCAUAUAGGCAUAUAGUAGAUUAGUAGUUGUAAAUUGUUAUAUUUUGUUCUAGUAGACUAGCAAACUAGCAGACUAAUAACUUUAAUUUGUUCUG